CCUGCCCACUGCAAAUGUCUUCUCUAGGAAAGUUGUGCCGCUGUUAGAUAGUUACAGACCUCCACUCCAGCUGACUUCAGACCGGGCUUCUCAGCUAGACAAAAAGAAGGCAGAAACACAACAUGAGGGUGUGGAUCGUCUUUCUUCUGUGCCUGGCCGGCAAGGCCUUGGCUGCCCCAACUGAGGAGGAGGCUGUUGCUGUGGACACAGUGGUCGAGGAGGAGCCCAUCAUGGAGGAGGAUCCCGCUGUUGAGGAGCCUAUCAUGGAGGAGGAGGAGGUUGUUGUCGAAGAGGGAGAGGAGGUUGGAGCCAACCCUGUCCAGGUGGAGACUGGAGAGGAGGCUUUUGAUGAGGCCAUCGACAUCGAGGAUGUUGUCACUGAGAAUCCCUGCCUCAACCACCACUGCAAGAAGGGCAAGGUGUGCGAGGUUGAUGACACCAACUCCCCCAUGUGCGUGUGCCAGGACCCCACCACCUGCCCUGCUGCCGUUGGAGAGUUUGAGCAUGUUUGCGGCACUGACAACAAGACCUACGACUCCUCCUGCCACUUCUUUGCCACCAAGUGUGCCCUGGAGGGAACCAAGAAGGGACACAAACUGCACCUGGACUACAUCGGACCCUGCAAAUACAUCGCUCCCUGCAUGGAGAGCGAGCUGAAGGAGUUCCCCCUGCGCAUGAGGGACUGGCUCAAGAACGUCCUGGUGACCCUGUACGAGCGCGACGAGGACAACAACCUGCUCACCGAGAAACAGAAGCUCAGAGUGAAGAAGAUCUACGAGAACGAGAAGAGACUGCAGGCCGGAGAGCACUCCCUGGACCUCCUGGCCCUGGACUUCGAGAAGAACUACAACAUGUACAUCUUCCCCGUCCACUGGCAGUUUGGCCAGCUUGACCAGCACCCUGUUGAUGGAUACCUGACCCACACAGAGCUGUCCCCCCUCCGUGCUCCUCUGAUCCCCAUGGAGCACUGCACCACCAGCUUCUUCGAGAUGUGCGAUGCCGACAGUGACAAAUACAUCGCCCUGGAGGAGUGGGCCCAGUGCUUCGGCCUCAAAGAGCAGGAUGUUGACAAGGACCUCGUCAUCUAAAUAUCUGCAGUCUUUGACGCUUCCUAGUUUUGAUUGGGAGAGGUGCUAACCCCUUAAAUUAAAUUUACAGUAAUGGUGCUAAUCGCAAUUUCUAACAAUGUACCUAUACCACUAAAAAAAGAGAAAAAAAUGUGCACAGUCCAAAUUAUCCAUCACGCCGUAUGGUUGAGUGCUUCUAAGUUUUACCUUUCUUGUUUGUGCAAAAUGAAAAAAAAAAAAUGUUAUUGAAGUAGGCAUGUGUAAAGUGGAUGGUAGAGACAGCAAAGGUUGGAGCAAGUGCAUGCAAUGGCUUGACUGUAUGUUGGCAAACUUGUAAAAAGUAAAACGGGUGCACAAAGAGAUAUAUAUUUUUCACUGAAUCAGGGCUUUACCUUCAAGAGUUCAUGAGGCGAAGAAAUGUAAAAUCAAAAUAAAAGACCCUAAAUAAAUGUCCCCUCUGCUUGCUUUAUAAACUUUUAGUUGUAUUUGUUGCACUCCUUGGUGGUGGAUUCAUUUGAGUUUUAAAAUGAUCUUAUUAGACCGAGACACUUCUUUAAAUUAAGCCCUGAACCUCGAGAAGUUUUGUUUUAUUUUUAUUAUUUUUUAUGUGCUUAUUGUUCCUUGUCAAAACUGGGGUAAACAUGUUUAGUGUACUGAUAUUUGAACAAUAAAAAGGAAAUAUUAUUUGAACUUAAGAGGAUGGAAUCUCGCAGGGUGAGACUAUUUCUCCCUCUAACAUGUUCGCUUUUAUCGUUUUCAUUUUUUGCAACCAUGUGAGUAUUAUAAACUCUCUACAUGAAUAAAAACUACUGAAUUUUCCCAACCCAA